UACAUUCACUCAUUUUCACAUACGCACACACUACUCUCCUCUCUACGUAUUAUAUAUAUCAUCAUAUCACUUUUUUUCUGGAUUUUUAGGGUUUCCUGAUUCUUCCUUUUCAGCUUUCUGGAUUGAGAAAGCUUAAAAGAGGCUUCGAUUCCUCGCUGUCUUUCCCUCUCUCUUUAAUUUAUCUUCGGAUUUUUUUUUAUUUUUUAUUUUUAUAUAUUUAAUUUAAUUUGUGGAUCGAGAAAAAAGUUGGAGGUGAAUCUGAUUCCAGAUAUACUACGAUCUUCUGUGCUUGCCUUUUUUCAUCAUUCGAUUCCGAUUUCUGUAGACCUGAACCUGCAUGUUUUACACAGAUCGAUCUGUUAAUAUUCAUUUUUUUUACCUUAUCGUGGAAUAAAGGCUGAUUUAUAGGAUCUACCGUUCGAGUUAUGUAUUCGAGAUUCACGGAAUCUACUCUUUUGAUUGUUCAAGUUCCGGCAGUUAAUGCGGCAAAUUCAAAUUUAGAUGUUAUGCAAUAGCUGCGUAAGGUUCGUGGUUUUUCAAGCAGCAUAUAUUGAUAGACACAUUGAGCAAAGGAAAUUUAUCAAACUCAUUAAAAGUUUGAAUGCAACUCGUAGCAUAAGUUAUUCUUGGAAUAGUGUAUAUACAGCAAGGAGAACGAUGAUGGUGGAUAUUGGUGCAACUGCUAAAGGAGGACCUGUCGUUGAUGUUUCACCAGAGAAGGAUGAUAAUAAUGGUGGUUUCGCAAGCGGAGGAUGGAAGAGUGAAGAUGGAAGACUGAGUUGUGGUUAUUCAAGCUUUAGAGGGAAAAGAGCCACCAUGGAGGAUUUUUAUGACAUUAAAACUUCCAAAGUUGAUGGACAAACAGUUUGCUUAUUUGGGAUAUUUGAUGGCCAUGGUGGUUCCCGAGCAGCUGAGUUUCUGAAGAAACAUCUCUUUGAGAAUCUAAUGAAACAUCCAGAGUUCCCAACGAACGCCAAGUUGGCCAUAAGUGAAACAUAUCAACAAACAGACAUGGACUUCUUAGAUUCUGAAAAAGAUACCUUCCGAGAUGAUGGUUCCACUGCUUCAACAGCAGUUCUAGUUGGUAACCAUCUCUAUGUUGCCAAUGUUGGAGAUUCGCGGACUAUAAUAUCGAAGGGCGGAAAAGCAAUUGCUCUUUCUGAGGAUCAUAAGCCCAAUCGAACUGAUGAGAGGAAGAGAAUUGAAAGUGCCGGAGGUGUUGUGAUGUGGGCUGGUACCUGGAGAGUUGGUGGUGUAUUAGCAAUGUCACGUGCUUUUGGCAACCGUAUGUUGAAGCAAUUUGUCGUGGCUGAACCUGAGAUUCAGGAUCAAGAGAUUGAUGAGGAAUUAGAACUACUCGUGCUUGCCAGUGAUGGGCUCUGGGAUGUUGUACCAAAUGAGGAUGCUAUUUCACUUGCACAAGCAGAAGAAGAACCAGAAGCAGCUGCUAGGAAGCUAACAGAAACUGCAUUUACUCGAGGUAGUGCUGACAAUAUUACCUGCAUAGUGGUGAAGUUUCACCACAAGAAGGUUGAACCAGAGGGGAGCCAGCAAGGUUGAAGAAUUUGUUGAUGCUGCAUCUGCCUUUUCCUGGAGGAAGGCUGCUUCAAUGCGACGAUGCCAGUGCAAGUUGCUGACGAUAGCAUCAACAGGGGCUGUCAUUUUUUCAUUCAUUUCUUUGCAUUGUUUUUCCCCGUCAUCCUGUUUAACUGUUGUAUUUAAGGUGUCUGCGUUUGUGCGUCUGCUUUCUCCUUUUCUGUAGAGGUAUUAUCUGGAUAAACUUUACUGUGAAACGUAGUUAAAAGUCAAAAAAAACUUGGUAGUUCUACUUUAAGUACUACCUGGCUGCAUGGAGCCAUUGAAGGAUUUCCAUGCAUCCCUUAUGAUUUGCCAUAUAACCUUCAGAAAGAUGAUUUGAUGAAUGGCGUACUUA